UCUGAAUUCACAUUCAUAUUCCCCUCUGCCAUCAAUCAGCCAAAGCCAGAGCUGAUUCUAGCCAGAGCAAUAUCUUUCUAGUUCUGAUACUGGGCGAACAUCUCAAAGAACUGAAGGAAAAGUUUGAGAUUUUCAGAUGGAUGGAGCAGAAGAGCAGCAGAGCAAGUCGAGAGUCGUGAAGAUUGACUCUGCUCAGACAUGGGAUUCCUAUGUCAAUCAAGCCACCAACGAAGGCUGCCCUGUCGUGGUCCACUUCUCUGCAUCAUGGUGCAUGCCUUCCGUGGCAAUGAACCCGAUCUUCGAGGAACUCGCCUCGAGCUAUCCGGAUGUUCUGUUCCUCACAGUCGAUGUCGAUGAUGUCAAGGAGGUAGCAAGCAGAAUGGAGGUGAAGGCGAUGCCAACGUUCCUGCUGAUAAAGAACGGAGCUCCUGUGGACAAGCUCGUGGGUGCCAACCCUGACGAGAUCAGGAAACGGAUCGACUUCUUUGUCCAGUCCACUCCAGCACAUAUCGCUUAGGUCCCGAUUGAUGUCCGUUUCAAUCCGAAAAUGGCCAAAUAAACAGUAAGUCAGUCAGUGAUUGUUGCUAUGUGAGCUUGAUCUUGUUUAAGCAAAUAUCUCGGAAAUCUGUACAUGUUAUUUGUUUCAAUAGCGUGGAUUGACAAGUCCCUGGAAGACUCCCGAUAUUGUCUGUUAAUUAUGUAUCUUUUUCUAUUAAGGAACCUCAUUUUAUUGUGAA